AUUUUGACGUUUAGCUGAUUUUUCCACAAGACUUGAAUUUUGUCUUCAUCCACUACCAUUAUUAAUUGUGAGAAAGUAAUUUUUCUUUAUUUUCUGUAACGAAAAAUAUCUCAGCGCUAAAUUAAAAAAAUGGCGAGCCUUGCAACGAAAGGAUCCACCUUAGUAAACAAACUGCUGGUACAAGCAAGACCCCAACUUGAGACUUUUCUUAAGUACGCGAAAGUGGAGCUAACACCACCCACUCCAGGUGACAUUCCAGCUAUUCGUCAAGGAAUUGGUCGUCUCAUUAAUGGUGCACGUACUGGCGCAUACAAAAACCUGACUGUAAAAGAGGCAUGGUUGAACACCCUCGUUACCGCCGAGGUUCUUUUCUGGUUUUAUGUUGGUGAAUGUAUUGGCAAACGUCACUUGGUGGGUUAUAAGGUCUAAGGACUUUGUGAGUAGUCAAAUGUAAACAAAAACUAAACGAAACAAAUGAAGCAAAAUUGGAAAAAUCUAAACAAUUAUGCGCAUUACAUUAAAUAAAAUGAAUCACAUUUUUUUCGAAAA